UCAACAUGUCGGGUUCGUGGGAGGAUACUUUGAUCAAAAGCAGACAAGUUAUAUCUUCUGGUGCUUACGACAAGCUGUUUAGCGACAACUAUUUUAUAUUUGAUCUCAUUAAGCUCUUGUACAGUGAAUCAACUGAUGAGAGAAUUAAAUUGGAAUUGUUGGUUCUGAUUGAAGAGUUCAGCCAAGAAGCAGGUGUUCAGACAGCAAAUGUUGACCAGAUUGUGCAGUCCCUCCUGGACGUGUGUCAUCAGCUGACAAAGCGGGGAAGGCAGUUCAACGUCACAUGUCAAAUUCUGACCACUCUAACAACAAUACUGAUUCUGUAUGACCAACAGGAUACAGAUGUAUGCCAGUCAGUUGUGCAGACACUGCUGGCUACAAUUUCUAAUGGUGUUAACGUGACAGAGAAUCGGUUACUACACUCCACAGCCUGCCAAUGUCUGACCCAGCUGGAGGAGGACAGCCCAGGAUUGCUGUGGAGGGAGAAGGAUUCCUUGAUUAAGCUGAUGAGACAGGAGAGGACCAGUGUAUAUGAGGACUAUGUCAUGCUCGUCACUAAGGUUCUGCAGCAUGGGUUCAGUGCCACUGAUGGAAUCUGGACAAAGGGAAAGGAAGUGGAUAGAGUUGUUCCCCUUGAUCCAGCUGAGUACAGACAGAUCAUUUCCCAGAUCAUGGACAAUACCUCGCUAUUCACCCAGGGGGGACUUUGGCACAUAGUACUUGAUCUUGUCAACAUUGUACAGAAUUACCAUGAGAUUUCUGCCACUGUAAGUGUAGUCAACAUUGUACUGAAUUACCAUGAGAUUUCUGCCACUAUAUUUAAACCUAUGAUGCUGCACUACAUGUCCACAUUUGAUACAGCUCUGCUUCAUCUUGUUGUCUUCAUACAGAGUGAGUUUGAGAUGGAAGUCUUAACUGAUGUGGAGGAAAAACAACUACAGAACAGAUUGCUGGCUGGGCUGAACCACCCCUCACUGAUACCUGCUCAGCAACUAUUCUACUGCCACUGGAUAGAGUGCUUAUCACACGUAACUUUGCUGAAUCCUGACGUGUCUGUAGGAAUCUGUGAUGAUCAGCACCAAGUCCUAUUCCCCAGUGUAUUUGACCCCAUUGAUUGCCAGCUGGCCAAACUAGGUCUUCUUAAUUUCUGUUUUCCUUCCUUGGUGAAGGAGGACAAUGGCAAGGCUGCUGCCAUGCUGCUGGCUGGAGUAGGAUAUCUACAUAAACUAGUCUGGCACACAGGAAGUCCAAGAGCAGCCAAGGCACUGUUCCGAGCUCUUUUUUCAAUGUAUCGACGUCACUGUAGCAAGUCUUUCUCUCAAGACAUCAACAGAUUUCUACGAGGUUUGAUAUCAGGAUUUCCGUUUUUCAUUCCACAAGCCCUGGAUUUCAUAGAGAGUCUAAGGGAGAUGACUCCUGACAGUCCUGUUUACUUAGAGAUCCUGCGACUCCUCCAUCACCAGGUAAUCAGUACUCCACAACAACAGGCUGCUCAGCACUGUUAUUUCUACCUCCAGGUGCUGAAGAGGGCAUCACUACAGACAGAGAUACCACCUCAGGUGCAGGUACAUUGUGUGUUGCAGGGCACUGUUAGAUUCCUGUCCUAUCUUGCUGAGAAUUCUCUGAGUAUUGAUGAAGGGAGCUGGAGACUAGGGACAUCCAUCUUAGUUGUGUGUCAGAACAUCUUAGUUUGUCAUGGAACCAGAAACUUAUAUACAGACAUAGGUGACUUGCUGUUUUACCUAAUGGUUAACUACCGGGACACAGAUAUAAAGGACAAAGCCAGAUUUUAUUACAUGUUAAUUACAUCCUCAACAGAUGAAAAGAUAUGCAUGAUUAUUCAGCCAACAACAGAUUCUCACUUAUUUCACCAAGAAGCCAUUUCUAAUCUAUUGCCAAACAACAAAGCCAGGGGUCACAGCAGUGUUGUAGAUCUUGAAAAGUCAAUUUUCCAUCUGGAAAAAUUGAAGGUUCAGGCAGAAUUUUUUUGGAAUAAUGAUUACAAAGACACAGAUGAUGGAAAGAUAGGUGAUCUGAAGACCUAUUACCAGACCCUGAACAAGUACAGAACUGUAUUAAAAACUGUCCACAGGAUAUCUCUGGCGGAAUCUGGCCCAAAGGGUGUUUUAGCCUUGUGUAUAUACUUUGAAGAUGACUCCAGUUAUCAACCUGUAAAAGAAGUUCGAUUCCCCAGAAUAAAUAAAGAAGCAUUGUACAAAUUUGAUCUGGACAUAAUUCCUUUAAUUCCACUUCCAACAAAGAAAAUGACAAGAUGUGAAUUUGUGGAUGGAGACCAAACAUUUAGAUGUCGGGUAUCAGACCUUGAUAUAGCUAAAGAAGACCUGUUUUUCCCCCUUCCUGUAGAAAUCACCUCCCCAGCAGAUAAAGAAAGGGAUUUUCAGACCCUCUGGGACUGGCUUGCAGAGGAUGUCAAACAAGAAGGGUCUACAUGUUUGGAGUCUGUUAUGACAGUACAGAAACCUAUGGCAAACUUUUUGUCAUCAGUAAAACCGUGUCUAAGAACCUGCCAAGUCUCACAAGGUGCUGACUUUGUCAAAUAUGGCGUAUUUCUACCUCCGAAUAAACAUCUACUGAUCAGUGUGACGUCACAGAACGACUAUGUCAUUAUGAAGUUAAUCACAGAUUUCUACCAAAGCCUGCUGUUCAUCAGACAACUGAUUUAAAAGUUUGAAAAAUAAGUUCAGAACUGAAAAGUGUAAUGAGAGUAAGUUAAAGACAAAUUAUUUUCCAUUUGGAUUUCAGAGAUGCUUUGGAGACAUUCAACACCCAUUUUAUCGACUUUUAAAAAUGUAUCAUGACUAGUUCAUUAUUUCUGAGAUGAAACUCAGUCAAAGGAACAUCGAUCAUUUAUUAAAUAAAAACACAUUUAGUUAAUGAUGUGAAGCUCUGUGUAGUUUACUGUAAUUCGUUUACAAAAUAUAUAUACCUGGUAGUCUAUUUUCAGAUGUAUAUGUUAUAUCCAUUUUAUAAAGUAAAACAAUGUCUUGAGUGCUAUUUGUCAAAAUGCCAUUUUUGCUUAAACUGAUUAUUUGAGGUUGAA